AUGACCCUACGCCACAGCAAGACCUGGCCCGUCGCCACGAUGGCGGUGGUGCAGCUGAGAGUGCGGCCGCCCCCUGGGGAAGACGCCACCGCCACGGGGCCCUAUGAAGCGCCGAAACCGCCGGAGGAUUCGCAUCUAACCGCACGCGACGAGUUCGUCCGUCUGGAAUUGUUCGCCAGGAUGUCGUCCAGGCCGAAAACCGUUCGAACCGACACCGUCUCUACCAUUUUGGAUCCCGCCGAAUUCGAUUCGGACCGAAACGAAAAUUGCGAGGAAAGCUCGCCGAAAUCGCCGCCUCCCGGUGACGGCACCGUCCAGAAGUUCCACGUGCUCGCGUUGGCGCGCAUCGAGGAGACCGGCGUCGACGAGGACGCGGGCGCCGGCGGCGGGUUCCGCCGGGACGGCGGGGGCGCCUCGGUGGGCCGCCGGCCCAGCAUCAAAGUCGACAAUUGGGACUUCAUUUACACGGAAAAGGGGCCGGAGGCGCAGGACAAAUGUCCGGUGCACCACUAUUCGCUGGGUUCCCCCAACGGCCGCAUCGGCACCAACGGCACCAAGGACUCCCUGCUGCCGCCCGAGCUGCCCCUUGACGCCCGCAAAACCACCACCUUGCGCCGGCAUUACUACCCCGAAGGCGGCUGGGGGUGGGUCGUGGCCACCUGCGCUGUGCUCGUGCACAUCCUCAAUCACGGGGUGCAAUUGGCCUAUUCGCAGCUGGUGCUGCCCGGAACCGAGAAGUUUCGCGUCGAGAAGUGGAAAUGGCCCGGCGCUGUCGAAAUCGCGAAUUCGGCUCCGAUGGGAAACCAUAAAUCUAAAUACUGCGCUGGCAUAUUAUAUCAGCGGAAAAUGGAAUUGUUUCGAACGGAUCGAAAAGGAAUCGCCGAGUUCGCCUAA